ACAUCGCAAUUAAACGCAUUUAAAAUCCGUAUUUGAAGUCCGAUACGCUCGCGCUGCUAGCUAAGUACCACCCAUCACAUCACACACACACACAACACUCUACAAUUUUAGCCCCCUUUCUUCCAUUCAACUCAAAUUAGCUCUACAAGUUCCAAUUCAGCCCUAAUUUACAUGUAGAGGUCGCAUUGUUCUCCUAGGGUGUGUUAUGAAUUACGAAGAAUUUCGAAGUUUUCGUCUUAAUUUACUUAUGGGCGAGGAAAAGGUGACCAGCGACGGUGGCGAGGCAGUGGCUAAUGGGACCGUGUCGCCCACUAAAUCUAACAAUGACGUAAGUGAGAAGAAAGAUGAGAAAAAGGAGGGAGUUGAGGAGACACAAGAUGAGGUGAAGGAUAAAAAUGAAGAAGUCAACGUUGACAAAAAAGAUGCUGAAGUAAGUAAAGAUGACAAAGAAGAAGAGAAAGAGGUGACGGAUUGCAAGGAAGAAGGGGAUGAUGAAAGGAAAGAAGAAGCCAAGAGUGACGCAAUGGAAGUUGAUGACGAGCAACGUGAUGAUAAAAUAGCCGAAAAUGCUGAUUCAGAAGAGGGUGGAUCCAAAAAACAUAAGAAGAGUGGAGGAGAAAAAGGCAAAAACAAGAAGGAAUCUGAAGAGAAAAAGAAAAAUGACGAGCCAAAGACUCCUGUUGGUCCAACAAUUGACCGACCAGUAAGGGAGCGGAAAUCUGUCGAAAGAUUGGUUGCAAUUAUCGAUCAGGAUACUUCCAAGGAAUUUCAUGUUGAAAAGGGACGUGGUACCGCUUUGAAAGAUAUCCCAAACGUUGCUUACAAGCUAUCAAAGAAGAAGGUGGCUGAUGACACACUAAAACUGCUCCAUACUGUAUUAUUUGUAAAGAGAGGAAAGGCCCAGGAAAUCAAGAGUAAUAUACUGCGUUUUUCUGGCUUUGUCUGGCAUGAAAAUGAGGAAAAGCAAAAAUCUAAAGUGCACGAAAAGCUUGACAAGCUCCCUAAGGAGAAGCUGUUUGAGUUUUGUGAUCUGCUUGACGUACCAAUUACCAGAACCACUGCAAAAAAGGAAGAGGUUAUUGCAAAACUAAUUGCCUUUUUGUUGAUUCCACAUGCCACAACUAGUGUGUUGCUUGCAGAGAAAGAACAGUCAAGCAAAGGCAACAAACGCAAGAGGGUGAACAAAAAAAGUGCAUCAACUUCUGAGACUACACCUUCAAAAGUCUCAUCAAAGAAAAGUAGAAGUAAAAGUAAAAGUGUAUCUAAAGAACAAAAGGGAACUCCAGAAACCGAAGACUCAGAAGAAGAACAAGAGGAUGGAAACAAUGAACAUCAGGACGUGAAUGGCGGGUCCGCAAAAUCUGAAAGCGAAGAAGAACAUGUGUCUGAACCUGAAUCUGUGGAAGAAGACAGUAAGAAGCGCAAACGGGAUUCUAAAAAACCUCCUUCCAAGACCGAAUCAGCUUCAAAAAGUAAAUCCAAAAAAGAAGCGACACCAAAGAAAUCUCAUCCUGCAAAAUCUGAAAGCGAAGAACAUGUGUCUGAACCUGAAUCUGUGGAAGAAGACAGUAAGAAGCGUAAACGGGAUUCUAAAAAACCUCCUUCCAAGACGGAAUCAGCUUCAAAAAGUAAAUCAAAAAAAGAAGCAACGCCAAAGAAAUCUAUUCCUCAAAAGAAAACUCCAACUGCAACCGGUUCAUCUGCAAUUCAGUCAAAAUCCAAGGAUCAAAGUGACAGUCAACCUCCGACAAAGACUUUUUCACCUACAACUCAGUCAAAAUCAAAGGAUGAAAGUCAACCUCCGACAAAGACUUUUUCUAGGAAGAAAAAAAAUCAUGUGGCUGAUGAGAAGACUUUGACUUCCAAAGAGAAAACUGAAGUGAAAAAUGCCGAGAAAGAGAAGGAGACACCAAAAGAAAAAGAGCUAGAGCCUAGUGAUGAUGAACUCAACACUGCAACAUGUGAGAUCCUUAAAGAAGCUGAUCUCAAUACGGUAACCUUUAUGGACAUUCUCAAAAUGCUUAACAAGCGAUUCAAUACCGAUCUCACACCAAGAAAGGCGACUUUAAAAUCCAUUGUCAAGGAAGAACUUGCCAAAAUGGCCGCUGAAGAAAUUGAAGCUGAGGAAACCGGAAAAGAAGCAUCAGAGUAGUCGUGUUGAAAAUCACCUACACAACAGAGGGCAGAAUUGGUAUUUUCUAUUAAUCUUUUAGUUCUUGCCAUCAUGUAGUGUUGGGUCUCUUUUAAUCAUCUGUAAUCUAUUGUUAGAUAAACAAGUUUAUGUUCAGUUCACAAAAAACCUUGUUAAGUGAUAGGGGUAGUGGAUGCUUAAGCUAUUUUGUAUGCAUGAAUAUAAAUUUUAGGCAUCUUUUUGCUUUUUAUGGAUGUUUUUACUUCA